AUGCAUCAUCGAUGGCAUCUAAAUGAAUAUGUAACUUACAUUUUAUUAACAUUAGUUUUUCUUUCAUCCUGGACAGACAUUAAUGGAAUGUAUGUAGAACUACCACAAAUUAUUUUAACACAACCCUCAAGUUGGAAAUUAGGUGCAAAUCUCGCUUUAAUUACAAAUUUUGGUAAUAUUUCACCAUUGAUCCUUAUUCUUAUUAAAUGUUUAUACCGAAAACAUACACUUAAUCCGGUACCAAUUAAUUAUAUUGUUAUACUCAUUGGUAUGCUUUCAUAUUUUUUUAUUAAUUUUCUUUUGGUCACAUACAACAAUCAUUGCUAA